AUGCCUUACCACAUCGGAUACGCAACUUCCAACCGUGCCGGAUGCAAAGGUCCCAAACCUUGCGCCGGCACCAAAAUUCUCAAGGGCGAGCUGCGCCUCGGCACGCUCGUCGAAAUCCAAGGCACCCAGUCGUUCCAGUGGAGGCACUGGGGAUGCGUCACGCCCAAGAUCAUUCGCAACAUCCAGGAGAAGGACGGCAUCACCGAUGCUGUCGACCUUGACGGCUACGACGAGCUGCUCCCCGACGACAAGGCACGCGUUGCUCGCGCCUUCGCAGACGGCCACGUAGCAGCUGAAGACAUCCCCGAAUCGGCGCGUCACAAAGAGGAGCCAGAGGCCGCAGAGGCAGCAGACCAACAGGCUGCUGCGGCGGCUGUCCUUCCCCCACCUUCUCAGUCUCCGACCAAAAAGCGAGGUCGCCCCUCCAAGGCAUCCCUCGAAGCAGCAGCCGCUGCGGCCUCCUCCGCAGCACCUUCCCAGCCGCAGUACGCUCCUACAGGCGUCGCACCCAACGGCGCAGGUGGCUCGGCUGCCGCACCACCGUCUCCGGAAAAGAAAAAGCCCGGUCGUCCACCUAAGAAAGCUGCUGCUGCUGCACAACAAUCUGCUCCCAUCGCAGCUCUACCCGUUGCUGCUCCUGUCGCCUCUCACGAUGCGCCGUCGCCAAAGAAGCGAGGUCGUCCGCCCAAGAACGCAGCCGCCGCUGCUGCUUCGCCUGUACCUGCCGCUGCUCCGGUCGCACCCGCGGUUCCUCAGCCUACCCCAGUUGCGGUGACAGCUCCGCAACCCAAGAAGCGAGGACGUCCUCCGAAGGAACAGACGUCUGCAGCUCCGCCUGCCACACCAGCACAAGCAUCGGCUGUAUCGACACCUGUUGCUCCCCCAGCUGCUGGUCCAGCUUCGCCAAAAAAGCGGGGACGACCUCCCAAGAAUGCCGCUGCCGCCGCAGCUGCUCCUGUUGCACCUGUAGCCGCACCUGCUGCUGCUGCUGCUGCUGCUGCUGCUCCUGCGCCGCCUGCUCCUGGCAAGAAGAGGGGACGACCCUCGAAGGCAUCGCUUGCUGAAGCGGCUGCAGCUGCAGCUGCGGCUUCGACCUCGGCAGCUCCUGCUGCCAAUUAUCCUGUGGCACAGACCGGCUUGCCUCCGGCCGCUUCGACGCCCCUACUGCCUAGCGCCAGCGUGGGUGCCCCGGCAGCCAAGAAGCGCGGUCGCCCGAAGAAGGACGCAGCGGCUGCUCCAGCUGGCCCCGCGGUAGCAGCUCCGUAUGUGCCACCUCAGCCUGCUUACGUUGCCCCACCUGCUACUGGUGCUGCUGCGCCGGCCAUGCCUGUUGGCACGCCCGUCAAGAAACGAGGCCGUCCGAAGAAGGCGGAUGCGGCUGGUAGCAGCGCUGCGAGCUUGAGCCAGGUUGUGACGCCGCCGCUUCCACACGCCGGCGUCUCGCUGCAGCCUGCGACGCAAGAGGCGCAGCCUUCGGCUGGCUCUGGUAAGAAGCGCGGCCGUCCACCUAAGGAAAAGGUGGAGGAGCAGCAGUCGACUCCCCCCAAGCGUCCGCGCGGUCGUCCACCCAAGGAGAAGGCGGAGGCUGCUGUCCCAGCCGCUGCUGUCACACCCGUUGCGCCCGUGGCUGCGGCCCCUCAGGCCGGUGCUCAAAACGUGCAGUCGUCUAAGGAAAAAAAGAAACUGGACAAGCGACGAAAAGGCAGAAAAGAAGGAAAUGUCACGACUGGUUACGACAUCUUACAGAGCACAAUUAUUGAGGAGCGCAGUAGCAGCGGCAGCAGCUGGCUCGUUCGCCGCCGACGGGCGUCUGUGACUGAGCCUGUUUUCCGGCUUACAGAGCAUCAUCGUCUUACACGAUCAAGCCUCUGCAGAGCUGUUCGUCUCGAGGACCUACCCCAGACUGGCUCCGUUGCCCGUCGCUGCAGAGGAGAAGCAAGCUCAGAACUGACAUCUCGGAUGUGUCAGAGUGGUGAGCUGAGGCGUGAAUGGAGUCGUAUACCAGGUCCGUUGACAAGUGGGCUUUUUGGGAAGGAGGACCCUGCUGCGAGCGCGUGCUGUACCGUUACUUGGCGCAAAGUGGCACAGACGCUUGGAAGAAAAGUCACACACAGACACACACGCAACACGCACCCAACUCUGCAGGAUCACUCGAAAUUCGCGGCUCAGCCAGUCAAUGUCACGCAGCCUGACUUACGUGUUGCAACUCGGUGUGCACAAAGUGCUCUCUUGUGCCACUCGCAACUGCUUGUCAAUCACUCCGUCCGCUGUCGCCCAUCCACCUUCACCACCCUUACCUCGCAUCUUGCUGACGUCGACGUUGGCUGCUCUCCUUCACCUCUUGGUUUCGUCUGGACGUUGUGCCGUCACAUCUCGCACUCACUUUCGUUUCAACCUUACCAUCGUUGCACCCGUUGCACCCGCUCUGUCACCUUCGAGCUCCGUUCCCGUCCGGUGCCGCCAUCUCGACCGUGA